CUUGGGGUGACUUGCUACAUCUAGCGCGCUGCAGCUUAACUUGUGCUCCGUUGUGUGCUGCUGACUCUCAGAUACAUUUUCCUCAGAUGAAGGUAUAUUUUAAAUGUCGUGGGAGGGGGUCGCCUUUGUUCGGGAGAGGCUCGGUCCUUCAGGAUGUUCCUGCCAUUUUAAACAGGGGUGCAAGUGUGAACAAGGGGUUGACAUUGGAGACUGGCAAUGGGACUAGAGGAGGGGAGAGCAACAGGGAAUACAGUCAGUCGUAUACCACUGCUCUUUGAGGUAACAUCGCUAAUGGCACUAUCACAAGCAGGGAUGCAUCACUCCAAGAGUCUUUGAUUGACUUGAAGACAUCCAGCGCAGGAUCCCGUCUGCAGCUACUCGGAGGAAACGUCGUCAGGGAUAAUUACAUGCGUUGGGUUUCAAACACAUAUAAUGCACGGACAUACAUGUUGCGUCACAUGUAUGUGUCUACAACAGCUUAUGGACAUCGGAGGUUAUUAGGUUUUCAUGGCUUGUAUUUUUUCCCAUUGAAAUUUACAUAUACCGGAGUUUUUUGUCUGAAAUCAAAAUGCGCCGCUUGUUACCUAAUUGGCUGCGUUUUCAGUGUAUGCGUUUGCUAAAUAAGCAUUCAGAAAACACCAAAUGACAUUUAUCAUGAAGAAUGACGGUCACCGUUUUCUAUCAUCGCGUGACAAAACUGAUUUUUAUAAGGAGCUGUAAAAUAUCAAGUGACCCGCGGUUACUUUUGAAAUAAUGCGGACUUUUAAAAACUUCUGCUGCGUCGCAUUCGUCUGUUUUUUAAGUUAAAUGUCUAUUUUUGCCAAUAUCUGGGUUUUAUUUGGGCUUUGAUGAGAAGUAAGCGGGACUUAAAAUAAAUAAAGUGGCCUUAAGUUCUCAUCUAAGAAGACGUAUAUGUGCCGAAGAGUCUCAUUCUACAGCGGAAUUGAUGACGAAUAUCUUACCAAAAAGGAGACUUCUCGUGAUUCCACCACUUCACAAUGAGACGUAUACCACCGGGAUUAGGCUGUCUGUCCGUUUACUUCUUUACCCUUUGCGUCAACAUUCAGGUAAGCGUUCAGUCCCCACCAAAUUUCACACAGCAUGUGAGCGAGCAGAGCAGAGUGACGGACCGGGCUAGUCGGAGGCUGAUUCGCACCUACCAGCUCUACAGCCGGACCAGCGGCAAGCACGUCCAGGUCCUCGGAGACAAGAACAUCAACGCCAUGGCAGAGGACGGAGAUGUGCACGCCAAGCUGAUAGUGGAGACGGAUACUUUUGGAAGUCGAGUGAGAAUUAAAGGAGCUGCGACCGGCUACUACAUCUGCAUGAACAAACGGGGGAAACUGGUUGGAAAGAGAAACGGGCACGGGAAAGACUGCAUCUUCACAGAAAUCGUGCUGGAGAAUAACUACACCGCGCUGCAGAACGCCAAAUACGAUGGUUGGUACAUGGCCUUCACGCGCAAAGGCAGACCCAGGAAGGGCUCCAAGACCCGACAGCACCAGCGGGAAGUCCACUUCAUGAAACGCCCCCCCAAAGGACACCAUUCCGCUGAGCACCGGCCCUUUCACUUCAUCAACUAUCCUUUCAACAAGAGGACUAAACGCACUCACCACUCAAGGGAGCCUUGAGGAACACCUAACAACAGGGGCAAGAGCAGCAAGGCUAACAAAAAUGAUGGCUGUUUUUUUUCCUAGAACUCUUGUAACAUUUUGUACUGGAAAUUAAUAUCCCUACCCUUUAGAUGUUUAUAAUUUUUC